AUGGAAGACGGGGAAGAAAGAGAGUGGGGUGCAAAGGCGUGGACCUACCUCAGCUCAGUCCGCUCUCUAUCACCGUUAAUCCAGUGCAUCACUAAUUUUGUCUCCAUGGAUCUAACGGCCAACACUCUCUUAUCCGCAGGUGCCUCUCCUGCCAUGCUCCAUUCUCCCAACGAAUCCCCAGAUUUCACCCCUCAAGUCAACGCUCUCUACAUCAACGUAGGAACUCUCUCCGACAACUGGUUACCGGCUAUGGAACUCGCCGCCCAGUUGGCUUCCAAGUUGAAUAAACCCUGGGUCCUCGACCCUGUCGCUGCCGGUGCCUCCCGUUUUCGGUUGAAGGCGUGUUUGGAUCUUAUCUCCCUUAAGCCUACCGUUAUCAGAGGCAACGCCUCCGAAAUCAUUGCCUUGGCUAAAGCUUCCUUUCCCUCCACCAAAGGCGUAGAUAGUUCUCACGAUUCAACAGACGCCGUCGAAGCCGCCAAAUCCUUGGCUAAUUCCAGCGGUGCCGUGGUGGCGGUGUCGGGGGCAGUCGAUUUCGUCACCGAUGGGAAUCGAAUCGUCGGAGCUCGAAACGGCGUGCCGAUGAUGCAAAAGAUCACUGCCACGGGAUGCGCUGUCACCGCCUUGAUCGCCGCUUUUGUCGCGACUGAUCCGUCGCAUGCUAUGGAAGCAACAGCUUCCGCGUUGGCCGUUUUUGGCGUCGCCGGAGAGCUGGGGAUGGAGACGGCGAGAGGCCCGGCUUCGUUGCGGACGCACUUGAUUGAUUCUCUGCACGGACUUGAUCAAACUGCUGUAAUUUCUGGUGUUAAAAUCACUGCCAUAUAAAGUAACAGUCUACUAUUGAUGCCUUUUCUUUUGUAGAGCUUAGAGUGGCAAAAUUCAGAUUAUUCUAAUAUUAAUUAGCGAAAUUUAUGUUACUAUUUUAUAAAUUAAAACUUAAUUGCUUCAAUCCAGUGUAAUAAAUUUAAAAUAUGUUGCAUGAUUUUUCAUAA